AAGCUUACGAAGAGUCCUUGAAUGUGGCACCCGUCUUUUAGUAAAACAGUAGGUGGAGUCUCAGGCGAAAAUACACGGGACAUAGGACACUGUUAUGCACAGAGUUAAAGAGACAGGUUGUUCAAGUGCAGCUACAGUGACGUGUAUUUCCAGAUUUUUUCGUAGCCUGUUUUGGUUUACUUAAAACUUCCGUAGUGCAGGACUGGAACAGCCUAGCUCAACCCUCAUCAGCCACCAGCAGAAUGGACGCAGCUCCGGGAUAGAGUGAACCAUGUCUUCUGCUGUUUUCUUGUCACUUGUGUUGGUGUUGUCGUGUCACCAGCUGAUCACCUCGGGUUCCUAGGUCCUCAGGAACCAGCCUGCUGUCGGAUCGGACGGUCUACAUGCAAUUUAUUAGCCAUAAUGCUGCACAACAGCGACGAUGAGUGUGACCUUGUGAUGAACCUGAGCGCUGCAGACCGCUGUGCGUUUGUGAAGAGCACGCCAGACUGUAACAUGGAAGAUGGCUUUAUCAACUACCUUCAUGUGGCUUUCUGUCUGCUGCCUCCUAACCUCACACCUCUCACCAUCACCCUCUGUCUUUUAUGGCUGCUUUUUCUGUUUGUCAUUCUGGGACUUGCAGCGUCAAAGUUUUUCUGUCCCAACCUGUCAGCCAUCUCCACCAGUCUGCACCUCACUCACAAUGUGGCUGGUGUGACUUUUCUGGCUCUUGGUAACGGAGCUCCUGACAUCUUCAGCGCCAUGGCAGCUUUCUCCCACCCACACACUGCUGGCCUUGCUGUCGGAGCCUUAUUUGGAGCUGGCAUAUUUGUUACUACUGUAGUUGCAGGCGGCGUGGCGCUGGUCAAACCUUUCACUUUGGCCUCCCGCCCUUUCCUGCGUGAUGUCAUCUUCUAUAUGGUUGCAGUGUUUUGGACAUUCCUUAUUCUGUUCAGAGGAACCAUAACACUGGGAGAAACACUGGGGUACCUGUGCCUCUAUGUGGUGUAUGUGUUGACUGUUAUAAUCAGUGCAUGCAUCUACAACCGGCAAAAACAUUCUCAGAACACAAGUGUCCAGAAUGUUGCUCAUAUCCCAGAGGAGUAUCACUCAUCCGAUUCAUCUGAUGAUUUUCCAGUAUGUCUCAGUGAUAGAAGCAUCCAGCAGGAGUAUGAGUCAGAGUACAGACCGCUUCUGCCGUACUCCGAGUCCACGAGUCAGAUCCUGCUGAGCUCUCUGAACCCAGUGGACAACAGGAAUUGGAGGAGGAAAUCGUGGAGGUGGAGAAUGCUCAAAGUACUGAAGACACCUGUAGAGGUCCUACUGCUGCUCUGUGUCCCCAUAGUCGACCCUGAUAAAGAAGACAAGAACUGGAGACGCCCACUGAACUGUCUUCAUCUGAUCACGGCUCCACUGGUGUGUGUGUUGGCCUUCCGCUCAGGAAUGUAUGGAGAUUAUAUGAUCGAAGGGCAGUUUCCACUCUGGCUGCUAACUCUUCUGCUGGGGCUUUUCCUGUCUGCUAUUGUCUUCUGCACCACCACCAAUGACUGCCCUCCUAAAUAUCAUCCAGUGUUUGCUCUUUUGGGCUUUGUGGCGAGCGCAGUGUUGAUCAGUGCAGCAGCCUCUGAAGUGGUCAGUCUUCUGCACAUGCUCGGUGUAGUGCUGAGUCUCAGCAACACUGUGCUGGGUCUGACUUUGCUGGCCUGGGGCAACAGCACAGGAGAUUGUUUUGCUGACAUCACACUUGCCAGACAGGGUUACCCAAGGAUGGCCAUAUCUGCCUGCUUUGGAGGCAUCAUUUUCAACAUGCUGAUUGGAGUGGGCGUGGGGUGUCUGGUGCAGAUGAUUACAACACACACUGAUGUGCAGUUUGAACCAGGGGGUUUGUUGACGUGGAUUCUUGCAGGAUUUCUGGGUUUGUCUUUGGUCCUGUCCUUUGUUAUUGUUCCAUUUUGCCGGUUCCACUUGGGUCGGACCUACGGGAUCUUCCUCCUCAUCUUCUAUGGCAUCUUCCUUGUCAUUGCAUUGCUCACAGAGUUUGGCAAGAUCCACGUAUAGAAGUGACACUGAGCUCAGUCUGAAAUAAGGGAUGUUCUCCCAUAAUGCAAACUGACACACUGGAACAGCUACCCUGAGUGUAAGGAAAUGUCAUCUUUUACCUGUGACAUUGAUGCACUGUUUAUGCAAGAAUCAGCAGUACACUUACCCAGAGUCAUCCUGUGGCAACAUGCAAAUUAUAGGUAUAGUCAGUGAUUCUAAUUCAUUACACAUUUUGGGAUAUUAAUCUAAAUGUUCCUCACAUUUCUCUGCCUGGCCUUUCAGUUUGUGCACUGGAUAAACCUCAGGUGGCGGUGUGAUUUGCUUCCUCUGUAAUAGGUGAGGAAAGGAUCUGAGUCAGGCCAGCUAAUUUUGCGGGACAGGUGGGUUAGUUAUUUCCUAUCAUUAGGGUAAGUGGCUAACUUUUGGGGUAAUGUUGUAUAUAGCAAGCUAUACAUAUAGCUUGUUUGCUAUAUCAACUUUUCCCGGGACACUGAGCUAAAUUGCUAGUUUGCAACUGUAUGCGGUUGGUCUGACUUCAGCUAUAGCAGCAGGAGAUUGUUGUGAGAGAAUAAAAAUGGAGUCUGUGGCUGGUUAGCUACAUGCUAUGCCCCAGUUGCUAGUAUUCUGACAUGCUCCCUUUGACAUCGGCUCUUUCCCAAGUGAUUAGUAUUGUCACCGUGGUCGUGCGUGCUCAUGAAUUAUCAGUGUUGUGGUUACGAGCUCCUAAAUGAAACCACUUGUGGAUUUGUGAUCAUAAUGUAGACAUUCUUUUGCUAGAAUUGCUGACUAUACCUUUAAUAACAAGCUAGGAGUUUCCUGUCAGGGACACAAGCUUCUUGCUUGUGCAGGCUGAUUGUACUUUUUGAUUUUGGAGGGAAAAACUCUGGCUGCAGAAAUGUGUACUUUUAAAACACAAGCUAAAUGUACUGUAAAUCAAAAUGUUAAUGAUCUUCUACAAAACUGCUGUCCGAUAAUUAAAUCAAUGUACUUGACAAUUUUAACAAUUUAUUAAAAUCCAUUAUUAACUAACUCAAAUACAUUACAGAAUAGGAAGUUAUUAUAUAAAAGUAAAAUACUUUUAGUCAAACAGUGAAGUACAGAAGAGGAUCAGGGCCAUUGUUAAAAACAAAAAACAAAAA